AUAGACCCGGAGCAGAGCUUCUUCUCCUCACCCUGCCCCGAGGAGCAUCACCGCUCCCACCUUGCCGGAGCCACCUACUCCCCGGAGUACGCAGGCAGCUCCCUCCCGUGCAACCACCACCCGCUCAGCCCCAUGCCGCAGCCGGCCACCUGCAUGAUCCCCCCAGCCUCCAGCUGCCCUCCCCUUCCUCCUCCUCCUCCUCCCAGCUACUACACGCCCGCCUUCCCCUCCCUGCACCCCGCUAGCCUCCAUGCCCACCUGGGCCAGCUCUCCCCACCGCCCGACCACCACAGCUUUGACACCUUGGACCAGCUAAGCCAAGCCGAGCUCCUGGGGGAGAUGGACCGCAAUGAGUUUGACCAGUAUCUCAACAACCCCGGCCACAGCGACCAUCACGGUGGGGUCUUGGUCAAUGGACAUGUCCCGGCAUCUGGCAGCUCCCAUGCCUCCGAGACCAGCCUCAUCUCCGUCCUCGCCGAUGCCACGGCCACCUACUACAAUAACUACAGCGUCUCCUAG